UCUCUCUCUCUCUCUCUCUCUCUUCCCUUCCUCUCCUCCAUCUCUUCCCUUGUAUUUUCUCUGCAUUCGAUCUCUUCUCUUCUUUCUUGUUUUUUUCCAUUUCAAAAUAUACAUAUAUCAUUCUCUCUGUUCAAAUCUUUUUCUUCGACUUCUGGAGCUGCCUUUCCCUUUCCCUUUUCUUUUUUUUAAUUUUUAUUUUCUUUAUAAUUUCCCUCUCCUCCUCCUCCAACAAUAUAUAUAUAUAUAUUAAAAAAACAAAACCCAUAAACAGUUUUUAAUCAUCUAAAAUAAUUGUUUUUUUAGAAAAAAAAAUAUUGAUUUCACCUUGGUUUCCUGUUGUCUUUCCUUUUGAUGUUGGCAUGGCCGGUUUGGAUUUAGGCACUACUUCUCGUUACGUUCACCAGCUCCACCACAGACCUGACCUUCACCUUCAGCACCAGCCUGAACCUGAAGACCACGAUUCCAAUCGCCCUGGAGGCGGUGGUGUUGCUGCUCAUUUCUCCACUGACCACCAGCAGCAUGAGGAUGCCCCCAACCAAGGCCUUGAUCUCGUUGCCGCAGCUGCAAACUCUGGACCAGGGGACCUCGUCGCCCGCCGUCCCAGGGGUCGCCCGCCUGGUUCCAAGAAUAGACCCAAACCUCCGGUCAUCAUUACUCGGGAGAGUGCCAAUACGCUGCGAGCCCACAUUCUUGAAGUAGGAAAUGGAUGCGAUGUUUUUGAGUGCGUCGCUAACUACGCCCGCAGACGGCAGCGUGGGAUUUGCAUACUCAGCGGAGCUGGAACUGUAACUAAUGUUAGCAUCAGGCAACCAGCUGCAGCGGGUGCUAUUGUGACUCUUCAUGGCAGAUUCGAGAUCUUAUCUUUGUCUGGAUCUUUCUUGCCCCCUCCAGCCCCUCCUGGCGCAACCAGUCUAACAAUUUUCCUUGCUGGUGGGCAAGGGCAGGUUGUGGGAGGAAGCGUGGUGGGGGAGUUGACGGCAGCAGGACCGGUGAUUGUCAUCGCAGCAUCGUUCACGAACGUGGCAUAUGAGAGGCUGCCUUUGGAAGAGGAUGAGCAACUGCAGAUGCAGAGCGGUGGUGGAAGUGGAGGAGGUGGAAGUGGCGGUGGUGGCGUUGGGAACAAUCCAUUUCCUGAUGGGGCAGCAACAUCAGGUGGGUUGCCAUUCUUUAAUUUGCCGCUGAAUAUGCCGCCGAGCGUGCAGUUGCCGGUGGAUGGAUGGGCAGGAAAUUCAGGCGGUAGGGCUCCUUUCUGAGAGACAACAAUAACAGCAACACGCUUGGGGUAUUGCUCUGGUGAUUUGGUGGCAAUGUGAUCUAUGAGUUAUUAUGGACAGCCGAACUUUGUUUUGGAUUUCAGCAGUUUAGAUUAGAGUGGGCGAGAGAUCAUGGGCAUGUUGGAUCAUAAAGGUCAGCUUAAUUUCAUGGAUUUACUGUUCUCACCAUCAUCACCACCUCCAUGUUUCUCCUUAUUCUUCUACCUAUUCCAUCUUCUGUGAUGCUUUUAGGGUGUUUUCUUUUUGCUUAUUUCUUUUUUUCUUGUUAGUUUUUAGACUACUCUUAUGGUUUCUGGAAAUAGUCUUCUUGUUCAUUGUGGAACUAUCUCUUCUUCUCUUUAUAAGAAAUGGUUUGAGGAUGUAUUCACUAUGUAUAUUCAUUGAAAACUGCAAAUUAUCACUGAAGUUCAGUUAUACUAACACAUCAA